AUGCCUACCACAUACAAAAUCUACUUCUCCAACUUCUCCGGGUUCAACAACAACUUCGCCUUCUUCAGCGAUUCCCCUAUUGUCGUAAACAACGGCGGAAGCCCUGUUUAUGGCAACAUUGUUGCGAGCCAGUAUGUUCCGGCUGACAAUGGGGACACCACCUUCGAGAUCGACGUAACCAAGACCUACUAUGCCUGGACCAGCAUCUGUAAAGUCGACACCUCGACAUUGCCUGGAAGGAACGUCGAGACAAAAAUCAGCAACUCGAAACUUGCCACGUUGGGAACGCCCGGCUCGCCAGGAAGCACCUUCAAGCUGAUCGACAACGGUGGCAAUCCUACCUUCGAUGGCAGUUCGAUCACUUACGAAGCUCCUGACGGAUCGUUCCAGAUUUCUGCUGACGCAAACGCCUUUAUGCCAGACCAAAAUUUUAUUUGCGGUCUGGGUUCUGUUGAUGGAAAUGGCCAGAGAAUCCCGGUUGCGACGUUCGCAGCGCAGCCCAACACAGUCGCGACCAUUACACCGAAGGUCAAAUUCUACAUCGCUCAGUACUCGGCCACGCAGGGUACUAUCAUCGAUGUGUCGAUCUUGUCCAAGCAGGCUGCUCCAAUCGACUUCACGGGCAAGGCGACCAACGCCGCCUUUGUCACGCAAAGCUCGGGAGGCUCCUUCAACAUUAGCUAUGGAUCUGCCAAGGCCAUGCUUGAGCAGUCGCGGGCUUGUGCCGCCAAGCCGAACGGAGGGUUGUCCAACGCUCAGUACCAGGAGAUGGCCAAGCUCAUCCAGCUUUUGCAGAAAAACCUGGAUAUGGCUACUCUGUAUUUAUGCAAGUUCACUUGGGCUGACAGAGCCACCCAAGCGGAGAAGGCUACUGCAGUCAACACCGUGGUAGCUACAAUGCUUGGGCUUGGUUACACUGUCACGGCCCAGCCAUCUGGACCGACCUACACCCCUGCCGUUUUUGGUAUCAGGUCGAACAACACUAUCGGCGUCGUCAGAAAUGCCUGGGCGGAUGCUGUUCAUUCGCUGGGGUUGAUAGCAACCGACCCCAAGACCAUCAAUGGCAGCUUUGCCGAGAACCAGAACUGUGACUCCAAUGGGCACGGAAAGCUCCACGGCAUCGAACAGGUCAAUGGAAACGGGAACACUGACUCCCAGCCAUUCAACGAGAAUGGGUAUGACUCGGAGCAGUUGCAGGAGAUCCUCAAGAGUGCUAAGAGGCUGGGCGGGUUCAACGUGGCUGCGUGCUAA